AGCUGUGCAGGGGGACAUCAGCCCAGAUGUCUUCAGAACUAGAUGGUGGCCCCGGGUGCACUGGAACAGAUGGCAGGGAACCCAGAAAGAGACAAGAGCAGCUGAGGAAAAGAUGAAGCCCCCGGGGAAGUCCGCUGAGCUCCAAAAUGGCCAAAGGAGAGGCGUUGGACGAGCCUCUGCCUCCGGAGAGUUAGAGCGCCACACGGGACUAGAGAUAUUUAUCAACAAUGACUGGCAUGAAUCCAAGAGUGGAAAGAAGUUCGCCACAUAUAACCCGUCAACGCUGGAGAAAAUAUGUGAAGUGGAAGAAGGAGAUAAGCCCGACGUGGACAAGGCCGUGGAGGCUGCACAAGCCGCCUUCCAGAGGGGCUCCCCAUGGCGCCGGCUGGACGCUCUGAGCCGUGGCCGGCUGCUGCACCAGCUGGCUGACCUCAUGGAGCGGGACCGUGCCGUCCUGGCCACCCUGGAGACAAUGGAUACUGGAAAGCCCUUCCUCCAUGCCUUUUUCAUCGACCUGGAGGGCUGCAUUAAGACCUUCAGAUAUUUUGCAGGGUGGGCAGACAAAAUCCAGGGCAGGACCAUCCCCACAGAUGACAGUGUUGUGUGCUUCACCAGGCACGAGCCGGUUGGGGUGUGUGGGGCCAUCACUCCAUGGAACUUCCCCCUGCUGAUGCUCGUGUGGAAGCUGGCACCCGCCCUGUGCUGUGGGAACACUGUGGUCCUGAAGCCGGCCGAGCAGACUCCCCUCACUGCCCUUUAUCUGGGCUCACUGAUCAAAGAGGUUGGGUUCCCUCCAGGCGUGGUGAACAUCGUACCAGGAUUUGGGCCCACGGUGGGAGCAGCCAUUUCCUCUCACCCUCAGAUCAACAAGGUCGCCUUCACAGGGUCCACAGAGGUUGGAAAGUUGGUUAAAGAAGCUGCAUCCCGGAGCAAUCUGAAGAGGGUGACGCUGGAGCUGGGGGGGAAGAACCCCUGCAUCGUGUGUGCUGAUGCUGACCUGGACUUGGCAGUGGAGUGUGCCCAUCGGGGAGUGUUCUUCAACCAAGGCCAGUGCUGCACGGCUGCCUCCAGGGUAUUCGUGGAGGAGCAGGUCUACUCCGAGUUCGUCAAGCGCAGCGUGGAGCACGCCAGGCAACGGCCUGUGGGAGACCCCUUCGACGUCAAGACGGAGCAGGGGCCCCAGAUCGAUCAAAAACAGUUUGACAAAAUCCUUGAGCUGAUUGAGAGUGGGAAGAAGGAAGGGGCCAAGCUGGAAUGUGGAGGCUCAGCCCUGGAAGCCAGGGGACUCUUCAUCAAACCCACUGUCUUCUCAGAGGUGACUGACAACAUGCGGAUUGCCAAGGAGGAGAUUUUUGGACCGGUGCAGCCAAUACUGAAGUUCAAAAGCAUCGAAGAAGUGAUAAAAAGGGCAAAUAGCACAGACUACGGACUCACAGCGGCUGUGUUCACAAAAAACCUCGACAAAGCCCUGACGCUGGCUUCCGCCUUGGAAUCAGGAACGGUCUGGAUCAACUGCUACAAUGCACUGUAUGCACAGGCUCCAUUUGGUGGCUUUAAAAUGUCAGGAAAUGGCAGAGAACUAGGUGAAUAUGCCCUAGCUGAAUACACAGAAGUGAAAACUGUCACCAUCAAGCUCGAGGACAAGAACCCCUGAAGGAAAGAGGGUUCUCAAACAUGAGACCUCCCUUGGCCGACCAGACUUGCUGAAGGGAAGAACUACAGUACUGACCUUCCUGGGACACUCUCUUCCGGAUACUUUCAGUCCCCCGGAGCUGGGUUUUAUUUUCUUCUCACACUCCUGUUUUAUUGACCUAACUCUGGGUGACCAUAUGUUGUGUGAAAUUGAAGUUCCACCUAGGGAGGGCGCUAUUGGCCAUUUCUGGUGUUGCCUUUAGACCAGGUGUGAAAGACAGUGAGAUACUCAGGGCUCCGUGAACAAGAAAUGUUGUUCAAAUGUCGAGCAGGGGCUUCAGGAUGCCCUGGCUGAAUCCAACUCCAGUGAGAAUUUGGAAAGUGCAUGAUCUGCAAGCCCUGCCCCUGUGGACCCCUCACAGUCACCGGUACACACAAGCUCCCCCCAGUUCUGAGGUAGAGGUGAGACCAUUCCAGAGGAAAAGACUA